AUGUUGGAAUUAAAUAAGGUGGCACUCCUGCUGUCGUUCCUGGCUUCACUGGCUCUGGGCCAAGGAUCUGUGAGGACCAGGAGUCUGUCAGACCGAAGCAGGAGAGUGGCCCUCAACACGUUCACUGACGCACAGACAACAGGCGUGACAGAGUGGACUUCUUGGUUCAAUAUUGACCAUCCUGGAGGGAAUGGAGACUAUGAGCGCCUGGAAGCAAUCCGUUUCUAUUACAGGGAAAGAGUUUGUGCACGGCCCAUGGCCAUAGAGGCUCGCACUACAGACUGGGUGGCAGCGGCAGACACCGGAGAAGUUGUCCACUCCAGUCUGGAGAAGGGUUUCUGGUGCAUCAACAAGGAACAGCCCCAAGGCCGCAUCUGCUCCAACUACCAUGUCCGCUUUCAGUGUCCUCCAGUGCAGAGCUACUGGACUGACUGGAGUGAGUGGGGUCCCUGUUCCACCACGGCUUGUGAUGACGUAGGCAUCCAGGUCCGCCAGAGGAAAUGUGUGAAUACCCAGCCACUGCCUCUCCUGUUGGUGCCAGCGUGUCAGGGGCACCAUUCAGAAAGGAGGGAGUGUUCCACCCCUCCAUGUACAGCCAAGUGGAGUCAAUGGGGUCGGUGGGGGACUUGUUCGGUGACCUGUGGUGGAGGUCGCAGGAUUAGGAGGAGGACCUGUGUGAGGACCUCUGUGACAGUUCAGUGUACUGGACGGCCUGUUGAAAUACAGAAGUGUGGGAAAAGUUCAUGCCCAGCCAAAUGCCAGCGCGUGUGCACCGAGGGUCAUCCCAGUGAGGACUGCAGCCGCUGUGUGUGUGACAGCCACGUGCUGCAUGGAGAAGUCCACACUGUGACUGGUGUGCCGGUGGCAGGAGCCUGGAUGGCACUAGCCAGCCAACCUAAGAUGAUUCGUGCCCGUACAGAUGCCAAAGGUCAGUUCAGGCUCAUAGGAGUCUGCUCCUCCAGCUCGACCUUGAUCUCCAUCAGGAAGGAGAAAUUCACCCCAAUCAAUGUCUCCACCUCCAGUAACACCACAGGGUUAUCUUGGGUACGCGCUGUCCUCAAAUCAGCCGAAAAGCCAUACAUUGUGAAGCACCCGGAGGACAAAGUGCGUUAUGAAGGAGGACGGGUGCUGUUUUGCUGCAAGGCAACAGGAUCACCAGCACCUGACAAAUACUACUGGUACCACAAUGGGACUCUGCUGGACAGGAAGGUGUACAAGUAUGAAGAGGACCUUAUACUGCAGAACCUGAAACCGAAGCAGUCAGGACAGUACUAUUGCAAAACCAGCAGCCCAGCAGGCAGCAUCAAGUCCUCUCCAGCCUUACUCACUGUGAUUGCAAAAGGAACACCAGCAUGCAAUUCCACCCCUGAGGCGCACCUCAUCAGACUGCCGAUGGACUGUGUUCAACCCGGGACUGACUCCAAGUACUACAAUGCUGGCCGCUGCACUCAAAAUAAAUGUGCUGGCUCCCUAGACUUUGAUAUGCGCUGCAGAGAUGGAGCUGGGUUCUGCUGUGGUGUCCAAAAUAUGGAAAGUCGAAUCAUUGACUGUGGGACCUACAGUCUCCCUAUCCGGGCUGUGACGCAGUGCAGCUGUCAGAGGUGUGUGCAGCCUACUGUGCUGGUUCGUGGCAGAGUGGUCACAGCUGACAAUAAUGAGCCUCUGCGUUUUGGGCACAUCUACAUUGGGAAAGAGAGAGUGGGCACCACUGGAUACCAAGGAAGUUUCACAUUACAAAUUGCUCCUGAUACACAGAGAUUGGUGGUAAAUUUUGUUGACCCCACUCAGAAGUUUCUUGACACUCCAAAGGUGUUCAUCUUUGAUAAGAAAAGUGGCUCCAUCUACCAUGAUGUGAAGGUGAUGAGAAAGCAGACACCAAUCGAUAUCAAUGCAGGAGAGACCAAUUCUAUUAACCUAGGGGAGAUUAAAGGGGAAGAUCCCAUUGGUCAGUUGGUUAUUCCUCCCAACUCUUUCCACAAGGACAAUGGAGAAAUCUACGAGGGAACUGUGAAAGCCAGCGUCACAUUUAUUGACCCAAGAAAUAUCACCAUGGCGGCUGCAACCCCAGGUGAUCUCAACUUUGUAGACGAUGAGGGUGACAUGCUCCCUUUGAGGACCUAUGGCAUGUUCUCUGUGGACUUCAGAGAUGAGACGAACAAGGAGGUACUUGGAGCUGGAGCUGUUCAAGUCCUUCUUGACACACAGCAUGUCAAAAUGCAAGAGCACAUUCCCAAAAUGAAACUGUGGUCUUUAAACCCAGACACAGGAGUUUGGGAAGAGGAGAGUGACUUCUCCUACACCACAACUACUGGUGGUCAUGGGCGGAGCAAACGAGAGGAGCGCACAUUCCUCAUAGGCAACAUGGAGAUUAGAGAACGUAGGCUCUUCAAUUUAGACGUGCCUGAAAACAGACGCUGCUACGUCAAGGUCCGUGCCUACAUGAGUGACAAGUUCCUACCUAGUGAACAGCUGGAGGGUGUUGUGAUCAGCUUGAUAAACUUGGAACCCAAACCUGGUUAUUCCUCUAAUCCUAGGGCAUGGGGGCGCUUUGACAGUGUCAUAACUGGACCCAACGGAGCUUGUUUACCAGCUUUCUGUGAUGCCCAAAGGCCUGAUGCUUACACAGCUUAUGUCACAGCAAUGAUGGGUGGGGAAGAACUGGAGGCAGCUCCCUCCACCCCCAAAAUGAAUCCAAAUAUUAUUGGAGUGUCUCAGCCAUAUCUAGAUAAAAUAGACUACCAGCGCUCAGACCAUGAGGAUCCAGCUCUGAAGAAAACAGCCUUCAGAAUCAACUUGGCAAAGCCUAACCAAAAUAAUCUUGAUGAGACCAAUGGGCCGAUAUAUCCGUAUCAAAGUUUAAUAGGUUGUGAAAAUGCCCCUAUCGAUGCAAAUCAUUUUAGAUUCUUCAGAGUAGAAAAAGACAAGUAUGAAUACAAUGUUGUUCCCUUUGAGGAAAACGAUUUGACCACCUGGACAGGAGACUACCUCUCCUGGUGGCCUAAUCCCCAGGAGUUCAGAGCAUGCUUUAUUAAGGUCAAGAUCCAUGGACAGAAGGAAGUGAUGGUCAGGUCAAGGAAUCUGGGAGGAACACACAGAGAAACAAAAGGCAAAUUAUAUGGCAUAAGAGACAUUCGCAGUACCCGGGACAUGCGAGCAGCCAACACCUCAGCAGCCUGUGUAGAGUUCAAAUGCAGUGGCAUGUUGUUUGAUCAAGCCGAGGUGGACAGAUCCCUCAUAUCAGUCCUUCCACAGGGAAACUGUCGCAGGAUUGGCACCAACAGUCUUCUACAAGAGUAUCUCAUUAAACAUCCACCAGUCGCUCAAAACAACGAGUCCUUUGCAUUCACCAUGCUAGCCCCUGUUGAUCCUUUGGGACACAACUAUGGCAUCUAUACAGUCACAGACCAGAAUCCCAGGGUCGCCAAGGAAAUUGCUAUAGGGCGCUGCUUUGAUGGCACCUCAGAUGGUUUCUCCAGGGAGAUGAAGUCAGACUCUGGAGUGGCGCUGACCUUCAGCUGUCCAGAGAGGAAAAUUAACAGAGAAAGCCUGUUCCAGCGUCUACAGACCAACCCGGGACAGGCUCUGUCUCAGAUGGCGAGGGACAUGAGAGAGUCGGAAGGUCUGCAGGUGCAGAGAUUAUCCACAGAGAUAGUGGCCUAUCCUUCAGAGCAGCGGGGCAGGCCCCAGAGUCGCAGAGUCAGCUCUACAACCAGGAGGAGAAUGUCCACACGCACAGAGAAACGCCAAUAG